CAAAAGACAUUGCCAUCACCUCUUGGCCCCAGAACCCUACCCUUUCACAUGUAGGAUGACUCUUUGCAUCACAGGCAAACAUGAGGCUUUACCAAGGCCUGAGAAGGACGUCCAACAGAAGGUCAUGGAGCGUGGCCAGUGGGAUAAAAAAAUUGAAUUCAUUCUAACGGUGGCUGGUGCUAUUAUUGGACUCGGAAAUGUAUGGAGGUUUCCCUAUCUUUGUUACAAAAAUGGCGGUGGUGCCUUUCUCAUCCCGUACAUCCUGUAUCUGGUGACCUGUGGCAUUCCUCUGUUCAUCCUGGAGAUGGCUUUGGGACAAUACACCAGCCAGGGGGGCAUAACCUGCUGGAGUAAGGUCUGCCCGCUGUUUGUUGGAAUGGGCUAUGCUGCUCAGGUAAUCACUAUAUAUGGAUGUAUCACCUACAUUGUAGUCCUGGCAUGGGCAUUCUUCUACCUGUUUUCAUCUUUCACUGCUGUCCUUCCAUGGGCUAACUGCCAGAAUCCCUGGAACACAGAUGCUUGUGUCACAUUUACUACAAAGAAUGCCACCAGCAACUUGACUGUUCCUCACCUGAAUACAUCCUCUUCUGUUGUGGAGUUUUGGCAGCGUCGAGUUCUACGAAUAUCAGAUGGAAUCGAAUCCCUGGGACAAAUAAGUUGGGAGCUGGCUUUGUGUCUUCUAUUGACCUGGGUCAUAUGCUACUUCUGUAUCUGGAAAGGAGUGAGGUCUACAGGGAAGGUGGCUUACUUUACGGCCACAUUCCCUUAUGCCAUGCUUCUGGUGCUACUUGUCAGAGGUGUGACCCUGCCUGGAGCUAUAGAUGGCAUCUUCUACUACAUGUACCCCAAUCCCACACGGCUAGCUGAUCCACAGGUUUGGAUGGAUGCAGGGACCCAGGUAUUCUAUUCCUUCGCCAUAUGCCUGGGAUAUCUGACAUCACUUGGAAGCUACAACAAAUACAACAACAACUGUUAUAAAGAUUCCUUCUACCUGUGCUUAUUGAACAGUGGGACUAGCUUUGUGUCUGGUUUUGCUAUAUUUUCCAUACUUGGUUAUAUGGCUCAAGAACAGGGUGUGGACAUCUCUGUUGUUGCAGAGUCAGGUCCUGGACUGGUCUUCAUAGUGUAUCCCCAGGCAGUGUCCCUUCUCCCCUGCCCUCAGCUCUGGUCUGUCUGCUUCUUUGUCAUGAUCAUCCUGUUGGGCUUGGACAGCCAGUUUGUGGGCAUCGAGAGCCUUAUUACCUCGGUAACGGACGUUUUCCCCAACGUCAUCAGAAAGGGCCGCCGGCGGGAGAUACUGCUGCUCCUCUUCUGCUGUUUAUUCUACCUGACCGGACUCGUUAUGGUCACAGAGGGCGGCCUAUACAUCAUUCAACUAUUUGAUCAUUAUGUGUGCAGUGGUACCACUCUGCUUCUCCUCUCCAUAUGUCAGUCACUCAGUAUUGGAUGGAUAUAUGGUGCUGAACGGUUCUGUGAUAACAUUGAGGAUAUGAUUGGCUACAAGCCCUCGUCUCUGCUGAAAUAUUGUUGGCUAUACAUCACCCCUUCUAUUGGCACAGCAACCUUUGUGUUCUCGCUGCUGAAGUACAGCCCUCUGAAGUUCAACAACACCUAUGUGUAUCCAGGGUGGGCCUAUGGGCUGGGCUGGUUCCUAUCCAUGUCUUCCCUCUCUCUCAUCCCCAUCACGAUGGUCUACAAACUGUACAGAGGCAAAGGGCCUUUCUGGCAUCGCCUCCAAGUGAUCUGUCAGCCUGCAGAUGACCUUCCUGUGAUGAGAAAAGAGAUAGCAAGACGUUCUGCACUGGACCGUAUUGCUGAAAAUGAAAUGCUAUACAGCAAUAACCUAUAGCCCUCAAAUGCAGUACUGGGCCUCAAAGCCAGUUCCAUUUCUUUAGUUUUUCAUUUAUCCCCUCUAAUUAAAGGCAUAGUUCGGGCUCA